GCAGUGCCUGUCAUAAGCUCCACAGAGUUGCCUUCCACGGAGACCGGCAACAACAUGAAGUCCAAUCCUGCCAUCCAGGCUGCCAUUGACCUCACGGCAGGGGCCGCAGGGGGCACGGCAUGUGUGCUGACUGGACAGCCCUUCGACACGAUGAAAGUGAAGAUGCAGACGUUCCCCAACCUGUACCGGGGCCUUACCCACUGCUGCUUAAAGACGUACUCCCAGGUGGGCUUCCGUGGCUUCUACAAGGGCACCAGCCCAGCGCUGAUUGCCAACAUCGCCGAGAACUCAGUCCUCUUCAUGUGUUACGGCUUCUGCCAACAAGUGGUGCGGAAAGUGGUUGGAUUGGACAAGCAGGCAAAGCUGAGUGACCUACAGAACGCGGCCGCCGGCUCCUUUGCCUCUGCCUUUGCUGCGCUGGUGCUCUGCCCCACGGAGCUUGUGAAGUGCCGACUGCAGACCAUGUAUGAAAUGGAGACAUCAGGAAAAAUAGCCCAAAGCCAGAAUACAGUUUGGUCUGUCGUGAAGAGUAUCCUGAGAAAGGAUGGCCCCUUGGGCUUCUACCAUGGACUCUCAAGCACUUUACUUCGAGAAGUACCAGGCUAUUUCUUCUUCUUUGGUGGCUAUGAACUGAGCCGAUCAUUUUUUGCAUCAGGGAGAUCAAAAGACGAACUAGGCCCUGCACCUUUGAUGUUAAGCGGUGGAGUUGGUGGGAUUUGCCUCUGGCUUGCUGUAUAUCCAGUGGAUUGUAUCAAAUCCAGAAUUCAAGUUCUUUCCAUGUCUGGAAGACAGGCAGGCUUUAUCGGAACCUUUUUAAGUGCCGUGAGAAAUGAAGGAAUAAUGGCCUUGUAUUCUGGACUGAAACCUACUAUGAUUCGAGCGUUCCCUGCCAACGGGGCAUUAUUUUUGGCCUAUGAAUACAGCAGGAAGUUGAUGAUGAGCCAGCUGGAAGCAUACUGAAACAUCCUGGCGGGCCUGGAUGCAAGCACAGGUGUCGAGGACUCCAGUUCAUCUCAGGGUUUCACGGAGUACAAGACCAACAUGGAAUUACUUGGAUUUCUUGGGAAUUUUGUUUUUGUCUUCCCUUCUUCUACCCUAAAUAUUAAGCUAUAUGGAAGGACCUCUAAUUUACACCAUAUAAUUUCUGCCCAUAAUUGUGCUGAAAUAGAAAAGUUGCUGCUCUUGCCCUUGGUAGAAUAUACAGGGUGGCUGGUGGCCUAAUGAACUCAAUUUGAAAGGCUGAAUGUAGUUCUCUCAGGGCUUUUGCAUAAACCUAUACGUGUACUUGCAGUUUGGAUGUCAUGUGUUGAGGAGCCAACACAAUUUGGUUCCAUCUUUAAUCUCGAGUGUUAGCAGAAAAACCCACAGAUGGCCAUUUUCAUGAAGAUUGUUAUAAAUAAUUGCUUAAGCCAUUGUAGAUGUAGGGUCUCUUAAAGUCUGCUUAACACGUGUACUGUAUUAAGUGGUUGAAGUUUUUCAAAAGUUUUCAUUUGGUGCUUGAAAAGUAAAAUAUUAAUAUAGAUUUUUAAGAGAAUAACCUGCACACUGGUGGGGCUUCCACAUUCUUGAGUUAAUGUUGCAGAGUAGGCAAUCUGGAUUUCUCCAAGAUGCUCUACUCUUAAAAUAGUGCCAUUCAUUUUCUAGGUGGGAUCAUAUUCCGCACUCUGACUAGGUGAUAUUGCUAGAUGUGGCCUAGAGGAUCAGGCCUUUGGAACAUAGCACGGCCUUCACCAAAUUCCCUUCCUCUCUCCCAAAGAGCUUCCUCUCUGCUGAGCCUUAGAUUGAGGAAGGGGCUGAGGGGAUGGGCAGUACUGCUGUGCUUUGAUGAAUCCCCCCAUGGCUGGAUGUUCCACAUGGAACAGCUCUUAAGUUCCAUCUUUGGGUCUUGGCCUGGGUAGGAACCAGGGUGUUCUGUUGACGCCCAUCUGGGGCUAUCAGUCCACUUUGGACCACUUGCUGUCCUCUCUGCCUCCACCAAUCAGAAGCCCUUCCAAGGAACAGAGUGCCAAAGCCAAGAGAAGUCUUUGUUUCCUGUUUUGUGAUCAGGUGACAGUACUAUGGCCGAAGUCCUCUCCUCUCCGAUGGAGCUAGAAAGAACUCAGUGCUCAUACUCCACAGUAAGUAAUGUCAGGGCUGACCUAUCCUGAAAUUUACCCCGCAUCUAUAAAUUCUUGCCAUGGCUUUUAUAGAAGCCUUCUAAUUUGGUACUGGCAGUCAGUGAAUUUUAAUGAUGACUGUAUAUGGGGUGUGUCUCUAUAAAGCAAUGGAAAUAAGAAGAGCAAUUUCAUUAAACUGUGCUAUAUGUACAUACAUACCAACAAAAAAAGCCAACCCACAGCUCAUCUGAUUCCCGCAGACUUGGGGAUGGGAGGCUGUUCUUUGGCCAUAUGGUGUAAGAGGGUCAUUCUUGUCACCACUACAGUAAGCCUCAUCAUUCCAUGCUGCUCCAAGAGCAGCAGCGUCUCUCUCAUAAAGUCUUCUUAAGCAGCCUACAAAGCUGACAGCAAGCAGGCUGACAAUUUUAAAGCAAGGGGGUCAGGGAAAUGAGGGUGACACACGGGGAGGGAAGAUGUGUUGCCGUGGACAUUUGGGAAAGGGAUGCUUGUCAUGCCCAAUGUGAUCCAUUCCAUUUGCUUUUUAGGAGAAAACUAUUUUUCUCUUUACUGUUUUCUCCAUACUUAAAUAGUCAGGAGCUACUGAGUGGUUCCUUAUCUGAACAGGCCUGGGUUGAAGCAUAAUACAAAGUCGGACUGGCUUCCGCAGGAAGGGAACCACUUCAGAGUCCACGUUUCCCCAGCCCGGAGCCCAGAGCUAGGUAAAGUUAGCCUUGUUGGCAGUAGAUCUUCACACAGGUCAUCGAUUAAAGAUUUAACUAAAUAUCUUCAAUAGAAAUAGUCUGAGGCAAGUGGGAAUGAAGAAUGGAAACCUAAAUCAGGAGAAUUUUUUUAUUCUAUUUUAAUUCAUGCUUCAAUAUUUGGGUAAAAUUUGUAUCGUUUCAGAUGUGUACUGCAGACAAAAAUAUAGUAGCUUGAAAUAUUAUUUAAAGAAGUUUGAGUGUUCUGUCAUCAUUAAAUUAUUUACCUAAUA